AGAGCUGCGGCUGAAGGAGGCCAGAGAAGACGGGAAGGCCGAGGGCAGGGCUGAGGCCGAGAGGGUUGCGGCCGAGGAGAGAAAACAAGCUGCCGAGGACGCCGAGAAGGCCAAAGCUGAAGCUGCUGCCAAAGCCCGAGAAGAGGCCAUUGCUGGGUUCACCUCCGAGGGCUGGAAAGCCGAGGGCCAGAGCGAGUGGGUGGCUUCUGUGGUGAAGGCCUCGAUCGAGGAGUGGGUGAGGGGCCCCGGGCUCGACUGGAUGAAUGAGAGGGGUGACACCUACUAUCAAGCUGGCGAGUUCUUCACCCAGCACCUGGUUUACCGGAGGCUCGCCCGGCAUUUUGGCACCUCC